AUCUACUUUGUUACUCCGAUAUUGCUAUAGUUAAUAAUUUUGCACUAAUAGAAAAGGUCGUGCGACGAGCCCUCAAAUUUGAAAUGAAAAAAAAAAUUGUGGAGCGGCUUAACUUCUCAUGCGUUUAGAGAGCCCACUUCUGAGAUAUAAAUGUUAAAAAUUCCCCUUAGUCGCAUAACUAGAUCGACCCUAAUAUACUUUCAGCAAAUUGCAAGAUCGAACAAUUGGUUAAUAUGAAAAGGAUCUGUAGCAAUUUAAAUUAAAUGUUCGUAAGCCGAUUCCACUAGUGCAUAUUAUCGACCGUUUUUGGAAGCGAGACUCAUCGAAUCGUAUGAGUAAUUUAAGGUGUAGAUGGUUGCCGUAAUUUAGAAUCUAUAUAUAUAAGAAGGUGUAUUUAUCUCAUUGCUUGAUUAAAAAGUUAAUAUAUUUUUAGUUUCUUCUAAUUUCAUUAGUAUAUAGAAAAUGACUGAUUUAGAAAAAGAAGUUCAUACUGAAGCUGUAGCCGAUGCAAAUAUCAGUGCUGAUGUAAUAAGUUCUCAUAGUGAAGAAAAAGUCUAUUCCGAUUCAAAUAGUGAAGACUAUGAUAUGGCAUUUAAGUUCCUUAAGGAAAAUGAAGAACAAGAUUUAAAGCUCAAACAUCAGGAAUUACCUAAAAGUGUCUUAAGAAAACUUGAUUUGGUAAUUCUCCCCUUAUUAUGUGCUAUUUAUUUCUUUCAAUUCCUUGAUAAAACUUUAUUAAAUUAUGCUGCUUCAAUGGGGAUUAAAGCAAAUUUGGUAGGCAAUCAAUAUGCUAAUCUUUCAACUAUAUUUUAUGCCUCAUAUAUAUUUGGUGAACCAUUUGUUGCUUAUUUCUUACAAAGAUUCCCGUUAUCCAAAACUUUGGGAGUAUUCAUUGUUUUAUGGGGUAUUGUUGUAGCUUGCCAUGCUGCUACUAAGACUUAUGCUGGUUUGAUGAUAGUUAGAACUUUACUUGGUUUAUUUGAAGCUUCAUCAGCAGUUGCAUUAAUUAUUAUCAGUGGUAUGUACUAUACCAAGCCUCAACAAGUGGCCAGAAUGGGUUAUUGGUCUGUCAUGUCUGGUUCUGCAACCAUUGUUGGUGGAUUAUUAUCCUUUGGUUUCCAGCAUGUUCAUACUACUAGAUUUGUUUCUUGGCAAAUCUUGUUUUUAUUCAUGGGGAUUAUCACUGCUUUCUUUGGUAUAUUUGUUGCUUUUUAUUUACCAGAUAAUGUUACAUCUGCAUGGUUCUUAACUGAUGAAGAAAAGAUUUUAGUUUUAGAAAAUAUUAGAGCAAAUCAAACUGGUACUAAGACAACUAAAUUUAAAAAAGAGCAGUUAUUCGAAUUAUUGUUUAAAGAUAAAUUAACAUGGCCUUUCUUUAUCUUAACUAUUACAUCUCAAAUUGUAACUGGUGCUAUCGGAACUUUUAGUGUUACCAUUACCCUUUCUUUUGGAUUUGAUAACUAUGAAUCUGCUCUUUUACAAUUACCAGUCGGUGCUCUUAUUAUUAUUAUAAUUAUUAUUGCUACUCAAUUAGUGUCUCGUUAUGGUCAUAUUACUUAUAUUGCUACUUCAAUGUUUAUUCCAACCAUUAUUGGAGCUAUUGUUCUUUUAUCAACUGAUCUUAAAAGACAAAAAGUUGGUAAUUUAUUAGCCAUGUACUUAUUAUAUAGUGGUUCAUGUGUUAUCACUUUGAUUUAUGCUUGGAUUGGUGCUAAUACUGCAGGUACAAGUAAGAGAUUCUUCAGAAGUGCUAUGACAAUGAUUGCUUUCUCAAUUGCAAGUAUUAUUGGACCACAAUUAUUCCAAGCAUAUUCAUACCCUGCCUAUCAUCCAGCAAAAAUUACAAUUUUAGUUACCCAAGUAGCUUGUGUUCCAUUAACCCUUCUUGUUGGAUACAUCUGUAAAAAGGAAAAUGAAAAAAGAGAUCAAGAGCAAGAAGCUGAACCUUCUAAUUAUGAAUUUUUAGAUUUAACAGAUAUUCAAAAUAGAAACUUCAGAUACUCUUAUUGAUCCAUUCUGUAUUAUAGAGGCCUCAUGGCAAAACUUUAAAACUAAUUUAAUACUUUAAUAAAUAAUUACUUAAACUAUUACUAUUAAUAUAGAAA